AUGAGGAUUUCGUUGGUGCGCUGCAAGCAGAGUGCCAUCGUCUGGGUGGGUCUGUUGUCUCUGAUGGUGACAGGAAUGGCUUGGUACAUCCACCAACAUCAUCCCACGCAACACGAUCAUUACCUCAAGAUCAAGAUCUUUCAGGCUGCUGAAGAUACUGCUGAUCCGACUGAACACGAAGUGACGACUGAAGCCAAGACCAACUUCAACAGUAGAGGUGAUCAGGACCCUUUGGGCAAGGACUCUGCCGCUGUAAAGACUGCUCCCCGCAACCUUGGUGUCUUUGACAAUGGAAAACUUCUUUGGUCGCACAAUACACCCGUACCACCACCAAUGACACCCAAAAAGGAGUUUGAUGCUACGGAUACAGAUACACCCGAAAAACCGCAAGAAAUCACCACUACUGCCAAACAGGGCGACGGAGACAAGGCAUUGGCACUCGCACUCCUGUGGCAACAAAACGAUCCAAAUGUUGGCGUCUACACCCCAGAACGCAAUCGCCAACGUCUGGCACUCGCCACCUUUUACUAUGCCACGGGAGGAGACACGUGGGUGCAAAACACAAAUUGGUUGGAUUACACAGUCAGCGAAUGUCUCUGGUACAGCAAUUCACCGGUGGAUCUCGUCUGCGACUCUGACGACACCAAUACCUACCGACGCCUCCAUUUGGACAAUAACAAUCUCACCGGCACGAUUCCUUCCGAAACAGGAACCUUGUCCGGCCUGGAACACCUCAACAUCUCCACCAACUUUAUCGAAGGAGUUCUACCUUCGGAUCUAGCAAACAUGGUCAACCUCGUCGGCUUGCGAGUCCAAGAUAAUAAUCUCAACGGGACCAUCCCAACCGAGACUGGAUCCCUCAGCAGUCUAUCCUUCCUCAACGUGUCUUCGAAUACCAUCAGUGGAGUAUUGCCCUCCGAAGUGGGACGACUAGUUGCACUGGAGCAACUUCACAUUGACGAUAACGAAAUCGAUGGUGCCGUGCCCUCGGAAACAGGAGAAUUGACCAACUUGCAAGCGUUUGGCGCCAGCAACAAUCGACUCACUGGCACCAUCCCAUUCGUCGGUGACAGUACGAAUCGCAUGACGGCAUUGACCAAUCUGCAACUGGGAGCCAACUUUUUACGAGGAACUAUCCCCAGUGAAACGGGAAUGAUGUCCUCCUUGGAAUUCUUGAACAUUAGUGGCAAUGAAAUCAGUGGAGUGCUGCCCUCGGAUGUUGGCAAUCUCGUCGCGUUGCAAGAUUUGGCCGUCGAAGACAAUCGUUUGAAUUCCACCAUUCCGACCGAAAUUGGACGAUUGGGAACCCUCUCGCAUCUUUCCGCCGGCGCCAAUCAACUCACGGGAGUCUUGCCCAGUGAUUUGGCCAAUCUCGUGGCGUUGCGACGGUUGGAUGUUGAAGACAAUAACCUCAAUGGAACGCUUCCUUCCGAAAUCGGUACCGUCACCACCUUGGAGCAUCUCAAUGUCAGUGCUAAUCGUGUGUCGGGAGUACUGCCCAGUGAUUUUGCCAACUUGGUGGCGCUACGAGAGCUAUCCGUCGAUGACAAUGCCAUUACCGGGUCGUUGCCGCCCGAGUACGUGAGUCUACAAGAGCUACGGUCCUUGACGGCCGGGUCGAAUCGAAUCGAGGGCAGUAUCCCCAACAUUUUACCAUCACAGAUUCAAACGUUGGUCUUGCGCAACAAUCGAUUCGCUGGAUCCCUGCCAACGACAUUGGGCAACUUGCAGGGACUGUCCGAUUUACAAGUCGAUCAAAAUUCCUUGGAUGGAUCCAUCCCCGAGCAAUUCAAUUCCAUGUCGGCACUUCGAACCUUUACUGCCAGCAACAAUCGACUUUUGGGAUCCAUCUCGUCGCAGUUCAUCUCCUUGCCUCGGCUAGAAACCCUCAACGUCGAACGGAAUAGUGCCGUCGGAGGAGCAAUACCUUCGGAAAUUGGUCGUUCGAGUACUCUCAAAUUCCUGGUCUUGAACGGAAACAGCUUUCGAACUACGAUCCCCACGCAAAUGGGUAAUGCCUUCAAUUUGAAGGAUAUCUUGUUGCGAGACAAUGCGUUGACCGGGCCGAUUCCGUCUGAAUUGGGUAAGAUUACUGGCAUGAAAGGUUCACCCUCGGCUACCUCGGUGUCUCGAGAGGGAAAAGGCACUCGUCAUCGUAGGCUUCAGGAAGAGGUGGCUAGUGGUCUGAGGAAUCUUUGGGUCGAUAACAACACAAUUACAGGGACGAUUCCUGUCGAACUCGGGAAUCUGGUUAGCAGUCUCGAAUCGCUUACGUUUACCGAUACGGAGGUUGAAGGAGGCCUACCCCCAGCAUUUUGCAAUGUUGACUCGGAUGUUACUGUGUUCUGUUCGGAUUCUGUGGAAGCCACAUCGUGCGGCUGUACGGAGCGGCAAGUCACUCCGGCUCCAACUACGCCCUCGCCAACGACAGCAACACCAACAACCGCACUGCCAACCAAUCAACCCACCCCUGGGCCUACCAAUCAACCCACACCAAAUCCAACACCAAAUCCAACACCGAAUCCAACCAAUCAGCCUACCCCGAGCCCCACAAAUCAACCCACUCCUGCUCCAACCCCUAGCCCUACACUUGAUCCCACAAUGGCUCCCAUUACUCUUGCUCCGUCAUCUUCUCCUUCUCAAUCAUGUGAUCAGCCACUGAUGAAUUUCAACUUAUUCUACUAUGUGUCCAUGUCGGGACCCAUUUCCGACUACUCCAAUGCAUACUUUGAAGCAGCGUUCUUCAACGCCAGUACCCGACUGGACAAUUCCACCGGGUGUACACCAGCCAUGCUUGGCGUUGCCGUUCAAGAACGAAUCAACCAAGGACGAAGAAGACAACGUCGGCGUUUGCAAGAGGCGAGUGGGAUCAUAGUGUAUGCCCUGAAGACACUCCAGGUUAAUCAAGAUGACGUGUUCCAGCCAGAGUAUGUGAAUGCCCUCCUUAUCCAACUGAAUCUGAUUCUAUCACCAGAGAAUAUUAUCGCUUUGGGGGUUCAAAGUUCUCUCAGCCCCUCAAGCUCCCCAUCAUCAGAGCCAAGCAGCUCACCAAGCAGCAUACCAUCUACACAACCAUCUACUUCACCCUCAAAGGUGCCAUCUACAAAACCAUCUACAUCACCCUCAAAGAGCCCAUCACUGAGUCCCACGACCGAUGCACCGAGCAGCCGCCCAACUACUGGACCAACCCCAGACUACAGUAGUGUGGGAAACAUUGUUGCAGUGAUAUCUGUAGUGGACGAUUCGGCAGCUUCCAACAGUGCUGCCAUUGCAGCCAACUGGGCAUCUUUUCGAACUCAAUAUCCAAGUCGGCAUUUCUGUUUGUUACAGCCAAGCGGUGUGGACCAAAGUGCACUUCAGAUCCCACCAGACUUUUUGUCGGACCCAAACACGAUUUACUCCCAAAUCGACCGUGACAAUGGGAGCGUCGAAUUUGCAGAAGAUUGGUUUGAGCUAUGCCAGCUGAGCAGAUUGGCAAGCCUUGGGGUUCAACGUGUAGCAAUGUUUCUGGAUAACUCUGGCAGUAUCAGUGACAACCAACUAAGAGAGUCGCGGGAACAUUUUUUGGAUCUUUUGGAGGCAUCUGCUUUGGAAUUGGUGCAGUUUGGUUCCUUUGAAAUGGAAUUAUGGGUCCUUCCACAUUUGAGUGACUAUGCCUGUGCCUUCACAGCAGCUGGCGUUCCGUUUGCAGAUUCGCAGGAACUUCGUUCUGCAAUUCGAGCUGUUGAAUCUGCACGGUACGAUUGCACUUCAGAUGUCUAUGCAACUUAUGGCCUGAUGGAUGCUUGGGAUGUAUCACUUGUGGACAGCUUUGAUGAGGUCUUUCUUGACUAUCAAGGACCAACAUUUUCACUGGACAACUGGGACACUUCUGCAGUAACAUCAAUGUCAGGGACAUUUAGAAACGCAAAUUUUCAGCAAAGUAUUGCGAGCUGGACAACAGAUCGAGUUGUCGCCAUGACGAGGAUGUUUCAAGGGUCUACAUUUCGAGGAGACAUUUCAGGAUGGAAUACGGCUGCAGUUAGCAACAUGGAGUACAUGUUUGCUGAUUCUGCUUUCAAUGGGGCAGGCAUUAUUGGCUGGGAUGUUACAAAAGUUACCUCCAUGCAAGGGAUGUUCAACAACAACAGACGCUUCAAUCAGGAUAUUUCAUCAUGGACUCCAAGCAAUGUGACUGAUGCCGUAGGAUUGUUCUUGGGGGCAACUGCGUUUGAUAAAAAUCUUUGCAGUUGGAGAACCUCACUGCCCUCAGCAGCCAGCUUUGGAAGUACAUUCACUGACACUUCCUGUCCUAUUGUUUUGGACCCUCGAACUGCCGGCGAAGGUCCCUUUUGUUACACCUGUGGCAGGCUAGCUUUCGCAUCAAAUACGGAGCUUUCGGAUGCUAUUCAGCUUGUUGAAGCAACGAAUGGACAGCCCACCAAUGGAUUGUUUGAUACAUAUGGUCCUGUGCCUGAAUGGGAUGUCAGCAAAAUCACAGACUUCAGUUCUUUGUUUGCCAACUACCAAGGUCCCUCAUACGAUUUAAGUAGUUGGAACACGUCUCAAGUGUCUUCAAUGUUCCGAACAUUUGCCAGUUCAGCAUUCCAGCCAGUGAUUGACAGUUGGGAUACAAGCAAAGUAACAACCCUGUAUGGAACGUUUGCAUUCUCGUCAUUCUCUGGGGCCAUUGACAAUUGGGAUACGAGUAAUGUGGCGUCUAUGUACGAAACGUUUGCUGGGUCUGCUUUCAAUGGUGAUCUGUCAAGUUGGGAUGUCGGCAAAGUCACAACUAUGUAUAGCAUGUUCGGAACUUCUUCUUUUGAUGGCGACAUCUCCAGCUGGAAUACAGAAAGUCUUCGUGAUGCACAACGGAUGUUCUAUUUCUCCAACUUCAAUCAAAAUAUCAAUCAAUGGAACAUGAGCUCAGUGACCAACAUUGACACCAUGUUUCAAGCUGCGCCCUUCAACCAAGAUGUAUCUGGAUGGCAGCUCCAGUCACUGAGCUCGGCAAGGAGCACUUUCUUGCAAGCCUCUUCCUUCAACCAGAACCUUUGUGCUUGGGGGGCCACAUUGCCAUCAUCAGUACGAUUCACCAGCUUCUUUUCUGAUUCGCCAGUCACGUUUUCUGGUACUUCCUGUCCAUCAACAGACGGCCCCUUUUCGGUUACUGCGGGGCCCUAUUGCUUUUCGUGCUUCUCCACCGCAGCAUUUCAAACCAACUCUGAGCUUCGAAGUGCGAUUCUUGCUGCUGCUGAUGCAGAUUUUGCAUCCACGGCAUCCCCAUAUGCAACAUAUGGUCAAAUUGAAGUCUGGGAUGUUAGCAGGAUUACUGACUUUUUUGAAAUCUUCCAAGGUAUUUCUUAUUCAGGACCGUCAAUAGAUCUUACUGCAUGGGACACCUCCAGUGUUACUACUCUGGACGAAGCAUUUUCUUCUUCAGACUUUCAGCCUCUGAUAAAUGGCUGGAAUGUUUCUGCCGUGACAAGCCUCUUUGAAACGUUUCAAUUUUCCUCUUUCUCAGGGGACCUCAGCUCAUGGGACACCAGCUCUGUUGUCACUAUUAAUGAGAUGGCUUACAGUUCCACAUUCAACGCCGCAAUCGGUAGCUGGAAUGUUGGCAAUGUCAGGGACAUGCGAUACACAUUUUGGAAUGCAAGGUCGUUCAACCAAGACUUGUCAAGUUGGCGGCCAAGUUCUGCUACAUCGGCCUUCUACCUGUUUAACGGUGCCACAUUGUUCAAUAGCGAUCUGUCAGGCUGGAAUACUUCCUCCUUCGGAAGCAUUGACUACAUGUUUGCAAACACCGGAUCCUUCAAUGGGGAUGUCAGCACUUGGGAUGUUUCUAGCAUAUUCUCCCUCUCAAACGUUUUUGCAUCUGCAACCGCCUUCAAUCGUGCAGUUCCAUGGAAUGUUGGGAACAUUCGAUUUAUGGAUUCUCUGUUUCUGGGGGCUACACGUUUCAACGGCGAUAUUUCUUCCUGGAAUUUGGGACAAGCGACGACCCUCGAUUCAUUGUUCUAUGGUGCCACAAGCUUCAACAGCGACAUUAGUGGAUGGAAUGUGGAUAGUAUUCGUUUUGCCCAGUAUCUCUUUUUUGGUGCUACAAGGUUUAACAGUGACAUUAGUGGGUGGAAUGUUAGGAAUCUUGUGAGGAAUGAGUACAUGUUCAGUGGUGCUGUCGCUUUCAACCAAGACAUCAGUUCAUGGAAUGUAACAUCUUUGACAGUGAUGGACUUCAUGUUUCAAGAUGCUACAUCAUUCGACCAAGAUCUAUCAAGUUGGCAGCUCUCAUCCUUAAGCUCCGGAAGAGCUGCCUUUUCUGGUGCUUCUUCCUUCAACCAAAAUCUGUGCAAUUGGAGGAACUUUGUACCUGCCGCAACAGACUUUACUGACUCAUUCUCUGGAGGCGUUAGCACCUUUGCUGAUACUGCCUGUCCCACCACAGAGGGUCCAUUCUCUGCCUCUGGGGGACCAUACUGUUACAAUUGUGCUUCGGUUGUGGCAUUUUUUGAAACUACUGAGGAACUGCGAAGUGCGAUUCUCGCAGCAGAUGCCACUGGAUUUGAUUCUUCACUGGAGCCAUUUCUAACUUAUGGACCAAUUUCAAGCUGGGACGUCAGCAGGAUCACUAGCUUUUAUGAGAUCUUUGAAGGCAUUGGAUAUUCUGGUUCUCUGGAUCUGAAUUCCUGGGAUGUUUCUAAUGUCACAACUAUGUUUCGAACAUUUGCGGGAUCUCAAGUCCAGCCAAUGAUGAAUUCUUGGAAUACUGUGGCACUGACUGACUUGACAUCCACUUUUCGAGGCUCUGCUUUCAACGGUUCACUGACAGGAUGGCAAACAGGUGAAGUGCUCAGCAUGUAUUACAUGGCUUACAGUUCAUCAUUCAAUGGGGACAUUUCAACUUGGGAUGUCAGCAAAGUAACAGACUUCGCACAAAUGUUUGAACGGGCCCGACUGUUCAACCAGGAUCUCAGCGCUUGGGAACCGAACUCCGUUACAACUGCGAGGUUCAUGUUCAAUGGAGCUACAAGUUUCAACAGUGAUCUUUCUGGUUUCAGUUCAUCAUUGCGAAUAGUCGACUACAUGUUUGAUGGAGCGUCCAUGUUCAAUGGUGUCAUCAGCAAUUGGGAUUUUUCAGGAGUAGUAUCAGCCCGAGAGAUGUUCUACUUUGCCUCAGCCUUCAACCAAGAUAUCAAUACAUGGAAUGUGAGCUCUGUGACAAAUCUUGACUACAUGUUCUAUGCCGCGGGGUCCUUCAACAGGGACUUGUCGGGUUGGCAGCUCCAGUCUCUGAGCUCUGCAAGAUCAACUUUUUCACAAGCCUCCUCCUUCAAUCAAAACCUGUGUAGUUGGCUCGAUCACAUCCCUGACACAGCAGUAUUUACAAAUACCUUUUCUUCAUCAGUAUUCACAUUCUCUGGAACAGCUUGCCCAUUAGCUGCAGGCCCGUACACUGCUUCCACAGGUCCCUAUUGCUUUGUAUGUCCCGGGAACGAGGCUUUCCAAACAACUGAUGAACUUCGACGAGCUGUUGUUGCAGCAAAUGCUGCCAACUUUAGUUCUGACGCAGAUCCAUUUCAAAUAUAUGGAGCAAUGCCAGACUGGGAUGUGAGCAUGCUCACUGACUUGGAAGGGGUUUUUUCAGGUAUUGAAUAUCCCGCUCUUCAGCAAUACAAUCUAAAUAAUUGGGAUGUCUCUUCUGUGACAAGCAUGCGUGGGACUUUCUCUUCUUCCACCAAUUUCAACCCAGUCAUCAACAGUUGGGCCACUGGAAAGGUUACAAGCAUGAUUGCCACUUUCUCAAGGUCCUCAUUUACAGGGAGUCUCAGCAAUUGGAAGACAACUGAAGUUACGACGAUGGCUUUCAUGUUUGAAUCCAGUGCCUUCAAUGGAGCUAUCGGAAACUGGGACAUUAGCAAACUAAAAGAUGCAGAAUCUAUGUUCAGAAGUGCAACCUCCUUCAACCAGGACCUCAGCAACUGGAAUCCUGUAUCCCUAAUCACUGGUUUCGCCAUGUUUUCACAGGCUUCGAUUUUCAACUCUGAUUUAUCCAGGUGGCGGCCCUCUGUACUGACGGAUGGAAGGUACAUGUUUUCUGGGGCCACAUCUUUCAUAAGUGAUGUAUCCAACUGGCAACCAAAUUCUUUGGCUUUCAGUGACCAUAUGUUUGCGGGGGCGACUGUCUUUUCUUCAGACCUUCCCUGGCAGCUUCCACUUUUGAUAACAACUUCAUCAAUGUUUCAAGGAGCUACUUCUUUCAAUGGCGAUGUUUCCUCGUGGGAAGUAUCGUCAAUAGAGUCAGCCUCAUCCAUGUUUUCUGGCGCCACAUCUUUCAAUGUUAAUAUUGGAGCAUGGAAUUUGAGUUCUGUGACAGAUAUCGACAGCAUGUUUGCCGAUGCGACAGCAUUUAACCAAGAUUUAUCUGGAUGGUCAUUGAGGUCGCUGAGCACAGCCAGAGCUUCUUUUGCUGGUGCCUCUAAUUUUAACCAGAACCUUUGCAGUUGGCAGAGUCUCCUGCCAGAGUCUACAAUAUUUUCCAGUUUUUUUGGUGGCACAACUACAUUUGCUGGCACGAAUUGCCCAGAGACACAAGGGCCAAUAUCAUCCAGGGCUGGUCCCUUCUGCUAUAUUUGCUCCACGGAAACCAUACCUUUCACCACAACGCAAGAGCUGAGAAAUGCCAUUCUAGCUGUGGAAGCUGCCAACUUUAGCUCUACAGCCUUGCCAAUCCAAGUUUUCGGUCCUGUGCCCCAGUGGGAUGUCGCUGCAAUCACCAACUUUGAUGGAAUUUUUCAAAAUGUUGACUACAGCGGCAUCGUGGACUUGAAUGCGUGGGAUGUUUCCUCGGUUACAAGCAUGACUGAAACUUUCUCUUUUGCAGACUUCCAACCAAUCAUCAACUUGUGGAACACAGCAAAAGUUUCAAGCAUGAUUGAAACUUUCUAUUUUUCCUCGUUCACAGGAAACCUCGCUGGGUGGAACACUGCUGAAGUGAUUACUAUGGAUUACAUGUUUUAUUCAUCCUCAUUCAAUGGGGACAUUUCAACUUGGGACGUCAGCAAAGUUACUUCCAUGAACUUUUUGUUUGCAUUUGCCGAUUCUUUCAACCAGGAUCUAUCAAACUGGCGCCCUGCUGCGCUCCUUCGGUCUUUCGGCAUGUUCCAACAGGCUACACUAUUUAGCAGUGAUUUGGCGUCAUGGCAGGUUUCUUCACUUACGGAUGGACGGUACAUGUUCUCAGGAGCUUCCUCUUUCAACGGCGAUGUUUCCACAUGGGAUGUUUCUUCAUUGGAAUUCUCGGACUUCAUGUUUGCAAGCGCUAGUGCCUUCAAUGGGGACCUAUCUUCCUGGACAGUUUCUGCUUUAUCUUAUGCAAACAACAUGUUUUUUGGUGCCUCCAGUUUCAAUGGCGACCUCAGCACAUGGGAUGUCUCUGCUCUUUUCUCCGCUGAUGGGUUGUUUUCAGACGCCACAGCCUUCAACCGUGACGUCAGUACCUGGGAUGUUUCUUCUCUUUUUUCAGCACGCUACAUGUUUAAUGGGACAUCUUUCAACCAAGAUCUCAGUUCAUGGGAUGUCUCAAAUCUCAACAAUGCCUUUGCAAUGUUCCAGUCAUCGGCUUUCAAUGCUGAUAUCAGUGCUUGGCAGCUUUUUAGCUUACAAAAUGCCGGAGCCAUGUUCAAGGACGCUCCCAGUUACAACCAUGACUUGUGCAGCUGGAGAAGCACAUUGCAACAAUCAUUCAUCACAUUCACAGACAUUUUUGUUGGGACAGCUUGUGAUCAAACCGGGGAUCCUGUUUCAGUUUCAGAGGGUCCGUUCUGUGCAGUGUGCACUCUACCUUUCAUAUCAGUUGCUCGUGAUAUUAAUGCAAGUCAGGUUCCAAGCCAGGCUCCCAGUGUUAUGCCGAGUUUAAGCAACAGCCCCAGUGGAUGGCCGAGCAUCAGCUCCAGUCCUAGCACCAGCACGAACCCCAGUCAAAGGCCAAGCAAAAGUCCAAGUGAUGCGCCGAGCUCAUCAACCACUCCCACCUUCCCCAGUGACAGCCCCAGUGGUAACCCAAGCAGAAGUGUCAGCCCAAGCGGAAUGCCCAGCACCAGCUCCAGUCCUAGCACCAGCACGAACCCCAGCCAAAGGCCAAGCACAAGUCCAAGUGAUGCACCCAGCUUAUCAGUCAAUCCCACAAUCCCAACUGACAGCCCAAGCCAAAAGCCUACUGGUAGUUUCAGCCCAAGUGAUGCACCCAGCCUAUCAGCAGCUCCCACCAUUGCAAGCAACAGCCCAAGCCAAAAACCAAGUGGCAGUUUCAGCCCAAGUGAUGCACCAAGCCUAUCGGCAACUCCUACACUCCCAAGUGACAGCCCAAGCCAAAAGCCCACUGUUAGUUUCAGCCCCACUGAUGCACCCAGCAUAUCUGCCGCUCCUACUCACCCAAGCAAUAGCCCUAGUGAAAACCCCAGCAGCAGCGCAAACCCCAGCGAUGCACCAAGCCAAUCAGUCAAUCCCACAAUCCCGAGUGACAGCCCAAGCCAAAAACCAAGCUUUAGUUUUAGCCCAAGUGAUGUACCCAGCAUGUCUGCAGCUCCGACAAUCCCAGUGGGUCCAGGUGAGAGUCCUACUGAACCCCCAAGCACAAGUUUCAGCCCAAGCGACAGCCCAAGCGACAGCCCAAGUGAAGAACCUAGCAUCAGUGAGAGCCCUAGUGAGAUCCCAAGUAAAACCAGUCCAAGCCCCAGCAACAUCCCCAGCACAAGUCCUAGCCCAAGUGACAGCCCCAGCUCCAGCAGCCGUCCCAGCUUUAGCUUCCACCCCAGCAACGACCCAAGCAAGGUGCCCAGCAACAGUCCCAGCAAGAGCCCUGCUCCCAGCAAAAUGCCAAGCACUGCGCCAAGUGAUAUCCCUAGUUCUUCUUCCACUCCCACUCAGAAUGCAAGUAUUACUCCAAGCAAGAGUCCAAGCACCAGCAACUCUCCCAGUGAAUCUAGCCAGGCUCCAAGUGCCCAACCCAAUAAAUCAUCCUCUGUCAUGCCCAGCCAACACCCCAGCAUGAGUGUGACUCCAACCAUGCAGCACAGUGAUGCUCCCUCCCCUGGUUCUGGCUCUACUAGUAUGCCAUCCUUCUAUCCCACUAUCACCACAACUGAUAGCACUGGCAGCGAUGAUGAGACUGCUGCACCUAGCACAAACCCUUCAUCCGACAGCAACAGCCCUAUGCCCAGCACUCUUCCAUCUGCAGAACUCAGUGUGACUCCUUCCAUGGAUGAUGCAACAACAGAGGCACCUACGGAUAGUCCCUCCCAAGAUGAGACUGACACGCCCAGCUUGUUGCCCAGUCUGAGACCAACCAUCAGCAGCUCACCCAGCACAUUUCCCACAGCUGAACCCAGCCAAGUGCCAACAAGAAGACCUACUCCAUUCCCCACCCGGGAUCCAGCGAAUCCUCAACCAGAGACUGGAAAUGCCCGACCCACGUCAUAG